GGGGUGGGUCGCUUUUCCGUUUGAAUCGGGGUUUGUUUCGGGGUCGGGCCUGGGGUCCUUCCCGCUCCUCUCUCUCUCCCGGGGUUCAGGUUGAAUCACCUGUCCAUCCCGAAGCUGCCCAUCCUCCAGGAAAGCUUGAGCAGGAUGCCAUCCGAUUUUCCAGAAUUUUGAUACCAGUUAUUACCAUUACAAGCUGCUUCUGAACGCCCCACAGCGGAGAGACUCGCCUGCCGUGUCGUCCAAUGGAGCCUUGUCCGUCGGAUGAAUUUUUCCAAGCGCUCAACCAUGCAGAGCAAACGUUUAAAAAAAUGGAAAAUUACUUGCGGCACAAGCAACUGUGCGAUGUGGUGUUAGUGGCAGGCGACCGACGGAUUCCGGCACACAGAUUGGUGCUGUCCUCUGUCUCGGAUUAUUUUGCCGCCAUGUUUACUAACGAUGUCCGAGAGGCCAGGCAAGAAGAAAUCAAAAUGGAAGGUGUGGAACCCAAUGCGUUAUGGGCGCUGGUGCAGUACGCAUAUACAGGUCGUCUUGAAUUAAAAGAAGAUAACAUUGAGUGCCUGCUGUCUACAGCUUGUAUUCUUCAGCUGUCUCAGGUUGUAGAAGCCUGCUGCAAAUUUUUAAUGAAGCAGCUUCAUCCUUCAAAUUGCCUUGGAAUCCGUUCUUUCGCCGAUGCACAGGGUUGUACGGAUUUGCACAAAGUGGCUCACAAUUACACCAUGGAGCACUUCAUGGAAGUAAUUAGAAACCAAGAAUUCCUCCUGCUACCGGCCACUGAAAUUGCAAAGCUUUUAGCUAGUGAUGAUAUGAACAUUCCUAGCGAAGAGACUAUCCUUAAUGCAUUGCUAACUUGGGUGCAACACGAUUUGGAACAACGAAAGAAAGAUCUCAGCAAACUCUUAGCAUACAUCAGACUCCCUUUACUGGCACCACAGUUUCUGGCCGACAUGGAAAACAACGUACUCUUCAGAGAUGACAUCGAAUGUCAAAAACUCAUCAUGGAAGCAAUGAAGUACCAUUUGUUGCCAGAGAGAAGGCCCAUGUUGCAAAGCCCUCGCACGAAGCCUAGAAAAUCUACUGUGGGCGUCCUGUUUGCAGUGGGGGGCAUGGAUGCCACUAAAGGAGCAACCAGCAUUGAGAAAUACGAUCUCCGUACCAAUAUGUGGACUCCUGUUGCAAACAUGAAUGGGAGAAGGUUACAGUUUGGAGUGGCCGUGUUAGAUGAUAAAUUGUACGUCGUCGGAGGUAGAGACGGACUAAAAACACUGAAUACUGUGGAGUGUUAUAACCCCAAGACAAAAGCUUGGAGUGUGAUGCCACCCAUGUCAACUCACAGGCACGGGCUUGGAGUAGCAGUAUUGGAAGGUCCGAUGUAUGCUGUGGGAGGACACGAUGGUUGGAGCUACCUCAACACAGUAGAAAGGUGGGAUCCACAGGCCCGGCAGUGGAACUUUGUGGCCAGUAUGUCAACUCCAAGGAGUACAGUGGGUGUAGCAGUACUAAGUGGAAAGCUCUAUGCGAUAGGCGGCCGAGAUGGAAGUUCUUGCUUGAAGUCCGUCGAAUGCUUUGACCCGCACACGAACAAGUGGACACCCUGCGCUCAAAUGUCCAAACGAAGAGGGGGCGUGGGAGUGACGACCUGGAACGGUUUCCUGUAUGCUAUCGGGGGUCACGAUGCACCAGCUUCUAACUUGACAUCAAGGCUGUCCGAUUGUGUAGAAAGAUACGAUCCCAAAACAGAUGUGUGGACCGCAGUGGCAUCAAUGAGCAUCAGCAGGGAUGCGGUGGGAGUCUGCCUUCUUGGAGAUAAGCUGUAUGCCGUGGGAGGAUAUGAUGGACAAGCCUACCUUAAUACAGUAGAAUCAUAUGACCCUCAGAUAAAUGAGUGGACACAGGUCGCACCGUUGUGCCUUGGAAGGGCUGGGGCUUGUGUGGUGACUGUCAAACUCUAGUAGCAAAACAGUGGCCUCUUCUGUAGACUCUUUGGUGAUUUCACAUCAAAUUAUUAAAGCAUAAAAAACGCCAGGUACUGUGUAUCUCCGCAAGGCAAAGAGACUGAUCUCAAAUCUAUUUGUAUAAAGGAUUUUUUUUUAAAAGGACCAAUAUUGUGCACUUUUAAAAAACACACACACCAGUAAUGCAGUUUAUGUACACGUCUAUAUGUCUUGGUAAUGGAAAUACAUUACGGAUAAGAUAGCAUGUUUGAAGUACAGAAAUCAGAAGUGGGGAAAAGGCACUCAUUUUGAUUGUUCUGGAGGCAGGAAAGGAACUUUUGUUGUUAUUUGUCCUGUAGCCAGAGAUUUACAAUUUAUUUUAUGUCCUUUUGCAAGAUGUUUGUAAUCUUCCUUUGUUCCAAAUGCUUCUUUUAUUAUUUGCUUCUUCUCAUUCUCCUCCUCCUCCUCCUCCAUCUCCUUUUCCUCCUCCUUGACAUGGUACAACAAACCACAUGCAAAGGAAAUAUCAAGUGUACUUCUGAUUUGACAAAUGCGGCACCUCUGAUUGCCUAUGUUGGUAGUCCUUGACUUACGACACUGAGCACAACAUUUCUGUUGCCAAGUGGGGCGUUUGUUCAGUGAGUUAUGCUCCAUUUGACAACUCUUUUUGCCGCAGUUGUGAAGUGAAUCUGCAGUUGUCAAGUGGGUAACACAGUUGUUAAGGGAAUUGACCUUCCUUGUC